AUGUGCUGCUCCUCUUGCUGCCAGCCCUCCUGCUACAGGACCACAUGCAGAACCACCUGCUGGAGGCCCACCUGCUGUGGGUCCAGCUGUUGUGGGUCCUGCUGCUGCCAGCCUUGCUGUAGCCCUUGCUGUGGGUCCAGCUGCUGCCAGCCUUGCUGUAGCCCUUGCUGUGGGUCCAGCUGCUGCCAGCCUUGCUGUAGCCCAUGCUGUGGGUCCAGCUGCUGCCAGCCUUGCUGCCGCCCUUGCUGUGUGAGCAGCUGCUGCCAGCCUUGCUGCUGUAGCACUCCCUGCUGCCAGCCCAGCUGCUGUGGGUCCAGCUGUGGCGGGUCCUGCUGCUGCUCACCCUGCUGCCAGCAAGUUUGCUGCAGUCCCGUGAAUGUCUGCAGAACCUGCUACCACCCCACCUGCUGCUGCGUGCCUGGCUGCAUCCGCUAUGGCUGCGGAUCCAGCUGCUGCCAGCCCUGCUGCUGCUGA